UACUGGUCAUUUGUUGAUGUAUCUGGAUGUUGUGGAUUCAUCAACACUUCCAUAUGGGUGGAGUAGAUAUGCUCAGUUCAGCUUGACCAUUGUUAAUCAAAUUCUUUAUAAAUACCCAAUCAGAAAAGGUGGGGUGGAUUUAUGCAUGAAGGAGAGCAUUGCAGCAUUUUUCUUCAUAUACACUGCAACAUAAGCUGAAAUGGAGCUCACGAAUGCAAAUUUUAUAAUUCUCAUCUUUUAUACUUGGGUUGAUUUAUCCCAUCCAGAUGCCGAAGUUAGAUUGCUUGAAGUUUUUUCUCAUAAAAUUUACAAGAUUUUCCCUCUUAGCGAAAAGAUUGAGACUAUUAAUGAUCAAUAUUGGACAUUAAGGGCUGAGGAGAUUCCUGAGGAAGAGAAAAAGCUUGGCCCUCAUGAUCGGUUGAUCCAUGUUUAUCAUUUCAUCACAACUCAAAAUCAGGAUAAGCAGCAUUUUCAGAAUCUUGGAGAUCCAUUUCUCUUGAUGAUUUCUGAGGGUGAGACCUUAGCUGAAGUCAAAUUGCGAAUACAGAAGAAGUUGCGAGUUCCUGAUGAAGAAUUUUCCAAGUGGAAGUUUGCUUUUUUUUUUUUUUCACGUGGUCGUCCAGAAUACCUUCAAGAUUCAGAUAUAAUUUCAAUUCAAUUUCAGAAAAGAGAUAUCUAUGGUGAUUGGGAGCAGCAAUAUCUUGGAUUGGAGCACACUGACCAUACUGCCCCGAAAAGGUUCUUUGCAACCAACCAGCUGCAUGGGUUGGAGAGAAAUGGUCCUUGCUGUGGUCUUUCACUUAUGUAGCCUCGUCUUUGAGCUGCUGCCUUCUUGUUGAUUAGUAAAGUGACUAUGCUUCUGGAUAAUGCAAUUUUCGGCCUAAAAAUUGAUAGGACAGGAUAUUUCAAUUGCCUAUGCACUUGAUUCUGGAAAUUUAAACGAAAAAUGGUAAUGGAAAAAAAACAUUAAUAGAUCAUUAUAUUGUCAGUGCCAUUGUUAAUUUGGAAAAAACUUUAAUCCCUGAAUUUUUCCUUAAUUAUCAAUUUAGUACUUGAACUUUAUUUUGAAACAAGUCGAUUCCUAUAGUUUCUUGCUCGGGACAACUUAAUUCAUACAAUUCUUUAUCUAGAGUCAGAGUUUGAGGACUGAAUCGAUAAUUAAGUGAAAAUUCAAUAGAUAAAAGUUAUAUAUAUAUAUAUAUAUAUAUUUGUAUUAAUUUUGUAUACAGAAUUCAGACCCUACAAUUAUUAUUUCUCAA